UUGGCAAUUUCCGAGCUGUGUCGCCGUCGAAACGAACCGCCUCGUGACCUCGUCGAAAUCGUAGCGCCGAUGGCCGCGGAGGUUGAUCAGAAAGUGGUGGUGCACGUGCGGUCGACGGGUGAUGCGCCGAUACUGAAGCAAUCCAAAUUCAAGAUUUCAGGGCGAGAUAAAUUUCUGAAGGUCAUAGAAUUUCUUCGCCGACAACUUCAUCAGGAUACACUGUUUGUCUACAUCAACAGUGCAUUUUCACCAAACCCAGACGAAUUGGUAAUUGAUUUGUAUAAUAACUUCGGUAUUGAUGGGAAGCUCGUGGUAAACUAUGCUUUAUCAGCAGCAUGGGGCUGACCCGCUGAAAAGAAUUAAAAUGGACCAAAGGCUAAAAGGCCACGGAAAAUCCGAAUGUAAAUCAAUUCAAGUUUUAGCGUUAGUUAGCCACUGUAAAGCUCUCUAACAUGCAUUGUUGACAGAACGGCAGUAAAGUUUUAUUUUGAUUUUAUCCUCGAUCAUACCUCCUUCUGCUUUCAAAUAUCGCACCCAAUUUGUUCAAUUGAUGCUAUACCAGAGGAGCCCCUCAUGCUUAAACUGUCUGGUUUGUGUAAUGCAUAUGAAUGAUAGUUAAAUGUCUUGUAACACGAGAUAUUAUAGCU